AUGGCAUCCCCAGUCAAGACACUUCACAAGACUUCAUAUCCGUCCAUCUCCUCCUUUCGUCCUGAGCUCUCUACCAAAGGAAAGAAUGCUGUAAUCACAGGUGGUGGCUCUGGUAUUGGUGCCAGCAUUGCCAGGUCAUUUGCCAAAUCAGGCAUCACCAACUUGGCUCUCCUUGGCCGAACAGAAAAGACACUCCUCGAAAACAAAGCCUACAUUGAAGAGAAAUACCCCGAAACUAGAGUCUGGACUUAUACAGUCAACAUCGUCGACGCUGACUCGACCAAGUCUGUCCUCGAAGCUUACACCACUGCAAUCAAUGGAAAGAUCGACAUUCUCAUCGCCAACGCUGGAUACAUGCCCAAGACCGAACAUGUGACCGUGGCAGAUCCUGUCGAUUGGUGGCUCACAUUCGAGAUCAACAUCAAAGGAAACUUUAACCUCUUGCGUGCCUUUGACCCUCUCGCCACUCCCGGAGCCACAGUCAUCCACGUAUCCACAAGCGCAAUGUACACAGAGUUCAUGCCCGGAUUCUCAGCCUAUCGCGGCUCAAAGCUUGGAGCUUACAAAGUAUUUGAAUGGUACGCCAAUGAGAACCGAGACAAGGUGGUUAUACAGUUUCACCCCGGACUCAUCAUGGACACGGCCAUCACUCGACCUCUCGUGGAUGUCGUCAAGGACUAUGGACUUGUUCCGGAGGAUGUGUCACUGCCGAGUGACUUUGCUGUUUGGGCUGCGAGCGAUGAGGCCAAGUUUCUGAGUGGCAGGUUUGUGGAGUGUAUGUGGGAUGUUGAGGAGCUCAAGGCGGCGAGGGAUGAGAUUAAGGAGUCAUGGGAGAAGUUUACUGUUGGGUUGGUGAUCUAA